AAGGUUACUGCUACAAGCAUGUCGCAAUACCUUGCAAAUUGGAAUAUGAUAGAAAGAACUGGACACAGACUUGUACAUUUUCUGCAUAUUAUUGCAAUAUGAGCUGCACUGUUAGUGCUUGUGAGCCCUCGUCUGUUCAUUGGUCUUCAGAGGAAUUUUGUGGACAAAAAUGUGCUAAGACUUUCAGUCCAUUGGUACAACAAUGCACUGACGACAAACACGUGAAUAGUACCUAUAACCAGACGUGCAAUGCUACAAAGUGUAAUUUAACAGAGGGUGAACAGAACUUUAGUACAAAAAAGACUUGCUAUUGUGAAGAUGAUGAAUGUUCUAAGACUUGCAGUGAUAUAAAGUGUACGCAAACUUGCAGAGGAAGAGAAAACGCUACAGUCCCUACGUUAUCAGUAUCAACAGGGACCCAGCCGUUGUCAUCACUGCCACUAAUCUCAGCAACACCUAACACGCCGUCGCGGUCGCCGUCGCCGUCGUCGUCGUCGUCGCAGUCAAUACCAACAGCAACACCAUCAAUGACAUCAAGAACAAUUUCAAAGUUGGCAAAGGAAUAUCGUUCCAAACUUGAAAGAAUAAAUCUCAACGAAAAGGCUUCAUUGCAGAAGGCUAUGAGAAUCUUUGAACACUUCGGUACCAGCAUCGAAAGCAUCACAGAACUUCCCGACGGCCAGUCUGAUGUGGACGAAGUAGGAGAAAGGAGAGAAUCUAUAUUUAAGGUGGUAGUCAUCCUCGAAGAGAUUGCCCUUAAUUAUGGCAAGCAUCACCUGAUCGGAACAAAGCAAUCAAAAAGGAUCGAUAGCCAGAAAAUGGUAUUGAUGAUCACAAAAGCCUCCCGCCAAAACGCAAGUGGAUUCAAUCUACAGAAAGAAGAAUGGAAACAGAGCAUCAAUAUUUCCUCUGCAAAUUUUGCGGAUUAUGGGAAAGUGGUUGUUGGGUUCAUGUACAAGGAUCUUCAUCAGUUACUACAGUUGAAACAUCCCAUAAAGGAAAGAACAGGCAUCACAAGGGAUGUAGGCUCCAGAAUAAUGGCCGUCGCUAUGGAUCCAAAACCAGAUAUGCGAGAAAAUGUAAUCUUGAAAUUCAGAAACGUAGAGGAAGUGGAAGGAAGAAAGGUGUGCGCGUUUUGGAGUGGCUUCAGAGAAAGGUCUGCGUCAGACGGAUUUUCAGAAGAGGGAUGUCAUCUUGUUACAUCGGAAAGAAACUCAGAAGAAACAAUUUGUAGCUGCAAUCAUUUGACACACUUUGCUGUGUUAGUGGACUACAACAGUGAUCUAAAGCUCACCGAGGAGGAUGAAACUAUUCUGGAAAUUAUUACCUACGUGGGACUAAGCCUCUCCAUUAUUGGGAUACUUUUGACAAUUAUUCUAUAUUCCUUCCUCACGUGAGUACUAUAAACAUACGAGUU